AUGCGUUCGCGCGUCGCGGAGCAUCGCCCCGUCGCCGAAGACCUCGAGUCCGCAAAUUCGACUUUUGGGCCAAAAAGGGUUGACUACGAGAAAAACCCACCCGCGAAAGGGAAAGCGAUGACACGCACUAAAAGAAGAGACAAAAUCCUUUUCGUCGUGCUCCUCGUGCUGUGCUUCGCGUGUUACUGGAACCAACCACCACUUUCGGCCGGGAUUCUUACACCGAACGAGAGUUACUUGAAACAGUUCAAACGAGACUCUGAUGGGAGAAUUUCAAACCUAUCCGACGUUCGAGAGUUUCGAGAGAAGGAAGUUGAGAAAGAGAAGAAGAUGUCCCCGAACGCAGUGCGAGUGAAAUAUUCAGGAGGUGAAGACGCUGACGAUGCGAAGAAGACGCCGGCGAGUACGAGCACAAAAAGUCACGCGACGACGACGAGAAACUCGGGGAAAUCUCACCAUCACCCUCAGGAGCAACACCACGCGCACUCGUUCAUACCGGUGAAGCCGCACGUCGGCGCGUGGACGAAAGAUGCACAUUUGAAAGCGUUCGAAGAUUUCAUGGUGCCGAGUCGCGUGGAAGUUUUAGUGCAAUCGAAUAAAGGAGGCGGUGAAGAGGAAGACGAGGAAGACGACGAGGAGAAGGAGAAGGAGGAGGAGAUUGAAAGAGAAGAAGAGGAAGGAGAAGAAGAAGAGGGAGGAGUAGCAAUAGCAGGAGAUGCAGGAGGAGGAGAAAAAGAAGAAGAAGAAGAGCACGGCGGAGAGGAGGAAGAGCGCGCGGACGGAGGCGAAGAAAAGCGGGUCGCCGCGCACGCGUUCUGCGCGCCGACGGGAAAGUCUAAAGCAGCCGCAGAGGAUAUUAAAUCCCAAAAGUUGGCUUUUAAAGAUAUAACGGAUUUGAAGGAUCUCAUGGACGGGAUACAAGUGCCAAAAAACGGACUUUGGAAAGCCGCGAGAGCGCCGCAACUCAUGGUGCACACGCUUCCGUACGCGGAGAAGGCGUUUGGAAAGGAUUUGGCUGAAAAUUUAGAAGCGGACGGGUGCAUACCGGAGAUGGAUUUUACGAGGCGCGGUAAAACUUGCGCUGUCGUCGGUAACGGUGGAGUCAACAUGCGGGAUCAAAACCAAGGCUACGGGAUUGAUGGUGCGGACAUUGUAAUUCGAUUCAACGACGGGCCGACGAGUGGAUUUGAGAAAUACGUCGGACGCAAAACCACGUUUAGAUUAAUCAAUAACCAAUGGUCGAGACACGUGGCAGAUAAAGGACCGAAAGGACCGUGGGCUGAAAGCGAAGCGUUGCUGUUGUUUGGAAGCGGCGCGAAACGCUCGUUUCGAAACGUCUGUAAAAAGUCGACGUCGCCGAUUUUGUACAUGGAUCCGACGUUAAGUCUUCGCGCUCGAGAAUUGUAUCGCAGAGUGUACGCUCGAUUGUCCGGUGCAAAUCUUGUCAACGCAGAAGGACGAAACGCCCCACCGAGUGGUAUCGAAGGAUUACUCUUAGCGUUUGCUGUGUGCGAUAGCGUGAGAGUAUACGGAUUUCAUACGGAUAUUCCGCAUCACGCGGUGCAUACGGUUCCGCAUGUUCUUACAGACUUUGGAGAAAAUGGACGUUGGAAUGACGAUAUGUUCGAGGUAUAA